AUGUCUCUCUUCGGGUCCAAGCCCGCGACGUCGGCCUUUGGGCAGACCACAGCCUCUCCGUUUGGCGGCACCAACGUAAAUGCGAACAAGACGAGUAUCUUCGGCCAGGUACAGCCUGCCAACCAGACACAGAAUGCCUUUGGCACCAGCUGCCUUUUUGGCCAGUCACAGCCCCAGCAGCAACAACAGCAGAACGGCAGCCAAGUUCAACAACCCCAGCGCCCAAGUCUCAUAUGGGAGGAGAACCGCGAGUCACCCAACCAGAAGCCCAUCACAGAGCAAUGUUUAUCCGUCGGCCAAAAAUGGAAUCCCGCCCAUCCCAACACCGUCUUCAAGUACUACUUCUACAACAAGGUCGACCAGUCCCGCGUUCCCUUCUACCAGCCCGGUCCCAUGGAAGAUGCGCAUGAAUGGGAGGAAGCCGUGCGAAACAAGCCUGGUCCCGGUUUCAUGCCUGCGCUGGCCACCGGCUUCGUCGCAGUAGCCGAACGACUAAAGAUGCAGCGCGCAGUGCUUGGUCAGUACAAUGCGCGCAUGCACGAGAUCAACAACUGCCUGGAUGCGAUUCUGAGCAAGCAUGAUCUGGAAACAAGCGUGAGGGCUAUCAAUGCGAGACGGAAGCAUGCCCUGUUGAGGCAGCGCUGCCUCGCCCUUGCAAGCAAGGUACAGGUGCUGCGGAACAGGGGAUAUGCGCUGGACACAGACGAGGACGACCUCAAGACGAAGCUGGAAACACUGGAGCGAGGUAUGAGCGAUCCGGCACUGAGCGCAAGGACAGAGGAGUUGUGGAGUCGUUUGAUUCUCCUCAGAGGGCACGCCGACACGUUGAAGAAUGAGAUCAACUCCCGUGGCGGGGACGCUGGGGAAGCCAUCCCCGAGGAAGCGGAGGCGAAGGCCAAGAAGCUUCUCGAAGACUAUGAUAAACAACUUCAGGCUCUCAAGUCUGCCGUGGGCAGGAUCAAGGAGGACUACGACGAGUGGGAGAAGGAGCGGAAUCCCAAUUCCAAGGACACUCCAUCAUCCAAGCGAUGA